AUGGGACAUAGCAACAAUCUAACAGAAUUUGUUCUGCUGGGCCUCACUCAGAAUCCUGAGAGGCAAAAAGCAUUAUUUGUCUUGUUUUUGCUCAUCUACGUUGUGACGAUGGUGGGUAACCUGCUCAUUAUGGCGACUGUCUUUGCCAGCCCCUCCCUGGGCUCCCCCAUGUACUUCUUCCUUGCUUGUCUGUCCCUCAUGGAUGCGGUUUACUCCACUGUCAUUUCACCCAAGUUGAUUAGAGACUUACUCUGUGGUAAAAAGACAAUCUCCUUCUCAGUUUGCAUGGGACAGCUCUUCCUAGAACAUUUAUUUGGGGGCUCUGAGGUCUUCCUCUUGGUGGUGAUGGCCUAUGAUCGCUACGUGGCCAUCUGUAAGCCACUGCACUACUUGACCAUCAUGAAUCGGCAGGUUUGCAUCCUGUUGCUGGUGGUGGCCUGGGUCGGAGGUUUCCUGCACUCCGUGGUUCAGCUUCUCUUUGUCUACAACCUCCCCUUCUGUGGCCCCAAUGUCAUUAACCACUUCAUCUGUGACAUGUACCCAUUGUUGGAACUUGCCUGUACUGACACUCACCUUGUGGGUUUCACUGUGGUUGCCAAUGGUGGAGCAAUCUGUAUGGUCAUAUUCAUCCUUCUACUAACAUCCUAUGGGGUCAUCCUAAAUUCCCUUAAAACUCACAGUCAGGAAGGGAGGCGCAAAGGCCUGUCUACCUGCAGUUCCCACAUCACAGUCGUGGUCCUCUUCUUCGUUCCCUGUAUUUUCAUGUAUGUGAGACCUGUUUCCAACUUUCCCAUUGAUAAAUCCAUAACUGUGGUUUACACUGUCAUCACUCCCAUGUUGAACCCUUUAAUAUACACCUUGAGAAAUUCAGAGAUGAAAAGUGCGAUGGCAAAACUCUGGGAUAAAAAGUUAACUAUGGGUAGAAUCAGAAUGUGCCAUGCACACUGA